UUCACUCUGUUCCCUCACCGCCCUUGACUGCGGGUCCACCCCUCACUGAUGACUCCAGUCGGCUGUGGGCUUGCAAAUGUUCAACCCUUUCAUCGUCAGUGCAGAGGAGACAACAGUUGCAAGGAGAGGGAGAGCGUGGGGGAGGACCUCAGAUUUCAGGGCUGCUCCCCGUGCAUUCGCCUGGCUGCUUGUAUGUGAAUGGAAUGAAUGACUGGACCAGAGCGAGCGAGCGGGUGCCCAGUAACGCGGCUGUGCUGAUUUCAACGGGAUAAUCGCCGCUCUGGGAGCUGGGUGAAUGCCCAUGUCUACCCCUGCCUGUACAACAGAAAAUGCUGGAUCUGAGAUUUGGGAGCUAGAUGAGAAGAAGGAAUUGAUGCAGAGUGGUCGUGGAGGUGUCCCUCAGCUGACAUAAGUCUCUCGAGUUCAGGUAUGUGAAGAGGAUGAAAGUGUUUUAUCACAGAAGUAGGUGGUGGUGAUGUAUCGCAUGUGUGGCAUGAAGUGGCUGGAGGCCCCACUGACUCUCCUCUCACUGGAACGGAUUCAAUCCUAGGAUGCCUCUUCUCACCAGUGCACUUGCACUCAAUCUGCUCCAGGUCCCAUGCAAUGGGAGCUCCACGAUCGACCAUGAGUGAGAACACGGAUGAGCAGAGCUUAUACAGCAAUGCGUUGGCUUGGCUGAUCUGUUCGGGGGUGUCUCUGCUGGCCAACACCUGGGGGAUCCUGAGUGUCAGCGCCAAGCAGAAGAAAUGGAAGCCGCUGGAGUUCCUCAUCUGCACACUGGCCGGGACGCACAUUCUUAACGUUGCCAUCCCCAUCACCAUGUACUCAGUCAUCCAGCUCAGGAGGCAACAUUCGGACUACGAAUGGAAUGAGGGGCUGUGCAAAGUGUUCGUCUCCACUUUCUACACACUGACCCUGGUGACUUGUUUCUCUGUGACCUCUCUGUCCUAUCACCGCAUGUGGAUGGUACGCUGGCCUGUCAAUUACAGGUUGAGUAACACAAAGAAGCAAGCUGUGCACACGGUGAUGGGGAUCUGGAUGGUAUCGUUCAUUCUAUCUACCUUGCCUGCUGUGGGCUGGCAUGACACCACAGAACGCUUCUACGCCAAGGACUGCCGCUUCAUCGUCACAGAGAUAGGCCUUGGUUUUGGGGUUUGCUUCCUAUUACUGAUCAGCGGGAGUGUGGUGAUGGGUGUGGUAUGCAUUGGCAUUGCCCUUUUUCAGACGUUCACCGUUCAAGCUGGGAACAAUGUCAACAAAAACAAAUUCAACGUACCCACAAUUGUAGUGGAAGAUGCACAGGGUAACCGGAGAUCGUCCAUUGAUGGCUCUGAACCAUUAAAAACCUCUCUACAGAUAACCUAUUUGAUCAGUGGAAUUGUCUUUAUCUAUGACUUUUUGACUGGCUUCCCCAUUUUGGUGGUGAGCUUUGCAAGUCUCAAGUAUGACACCUCUUACUCUUGGAUGGUGCUGUGUUUCCUGUGGUGCUCCAUCGUACAGUCAAUUCUUCUACCAUUGUUCCUUUGGGCUUGUGACCGCUAUAGGGCUGAUGUGAAAAGUGUCUGGGAGAAAUGUGUAGCUAUCAUGUCCAAUGAUGACGUAGAUGAAGAAAACAAUCAAGAUGGAGCAAUUCACCCUGAAUCUUUCUAUGAAAGGCCCUACGAAUAUAACUGCACCCCUGAAAUUCUGACAGUGGAUCGCAUUGCCAAAUACGACUUUUCAGCAUUGGAAAGGGGAGUUCCACAGGUGUACCCAAUGAGAGAUAUGCAAGAGGAUAAGAUGCAGUAUUUACAGGUUCCUCCAACCAGGCGCUAUUCCCAUGAUGAGACAGACGUGUGGGCAACAAACCAGAUAACCUCAUACCUUCACAGAUGGGGGUCUUCAGAGGACAUCACAGGAGUUCUGCACUACAGCUCCCCCAGGCAUGAGAGGAGGAGAAGCAGCCUGAUCUCCCAACAUGAUGAAUGUGCUUCUUUCCAUAAAAGAAGGAAAUCAGUGGAUAGUGUCAUUUCUUUAAAGCAGCUGUCCAAGGAGGAAUAUUUUUCCGAUGACUUAAAAUGUUUCAGCCGUGAUGAAAUAAUCAAUUACAUUGAUGAAACUCCAGUCCCUAGUCCCAUGAAGACCCCGCUGAGAUCAUCAUCAACAACUCUCAUCCCAGAUAAAUAUGAACAGUAUUCAGUCACCUUUUCCCACUUUCCCCUAACCAAUUUUGAGAGGGAGCCUCACGUUCUCCGUCGGUUGUCAGAGGGCAAGGAGUGCAGCACACCCAGGGGAUACUUGGUGACCACUUUCCCCAAUGACCCUAGUGUGGCUCCAAAGGACACAGAGGCCCAGUGUAACCUGUCCACUGUUACCGCUCCCAGCAUUAAGGAGGGAGCCUCCAGAAGUUAUCGGACAGAUCUUUGCGUCUCCUGGAACAAUCAGGAAAAACUCAGCAAAAUGGAAAGUAAAGGAAGCACCAACAGUUUUUUAAGUUCACCUUCUGCCUCUUCGGGCUAUGUGACUUUUCAUUCCGACUCAAUUGGAUCUGCAUCCUAGGAACGAGUGUGGACCUUCCCAAAAAUUAAUGGUGUUUCUAUGUUUGUUUUCUACUGCGGGAAUUUUAUACUUCACACAGGAAGAAAUGAGUCAUGCACCAAAGAAUCAGUCAAAUAUUUUCAUGUCCUUUACAGGGGUAACAGAUUCUUUUAGGGAUUUGAGAGGGAACUGGAAAACUCUGGCAUCAAUGUCCAAAUAUUAUUGGUACCACUGACUGUCGUUUUCUAUUUUUAUUUUUUUAAGAUAAAUAAUUUUUAAGAGGUAACACCAUUAACCGGCAUUCUUGUAGGGCUGAUGCCAUUUAGAUGGAUGUAUGGAAUGAGAAAAAGGUGGAUGUAAAAUCGAUUCUAUUUUUUAAAACCUCCAAAUUGUAAAAUGGUUGCUCCACCAGAGGUAAAUCCAGGUCCUGUUUGUCUAUUUAUGCACUUUGGGUAUUUGGUGUAUUCUGUUUCAACUGAUGAUUUUCUUCACAUCAGAGGACAAUGGAAUUAUCCUUUGGGAAGGGGAGGGGUGGAAGACUCCACCAUCAUUCCUCCUAUGUAUUUUGCAUUUGUAAAUUUGGUGUCACAUAUUGGCAACGGUUCUGUUGCCCUGCGAAAAUGGACAUUGGUUUUUCUUGGUCCCCGUAAAGUUGUCCGAAAAUUUAAUAGUAACAAAUGUUUUCUUACAAGUAUUUGCAAUGGUUGCUCGUCAAAAGAUCCAGGGCAUGUGUUGUUUAUAUUAAAAACCAAUUUCAAUA